UCUAAACUGAAUUUUAAUUUGGGUCGUCCGCGUGCACUUUCUCAGUGUAGCUCUCGUUCCAUUUUUCGUCUGUUCCCGCCAUUCCUUUCGUUACUUCGAGUUAGAGCUUGCGAUGGAAGCUUGCACUUCUUCGUACAAGAUUAUAUUGGGUUCCUCCUCGGUCCCACGCCGCAAGAUAUUAUCCGAAAUGGGAUACGAAUUCACUAUAAUGCCUGCAGAUAUUGAUGAGAAGAGCAUCCGAAAGGAAACUCCAGAAGAGUUAGUUAUGGCUCUAGCCGAAGCCAAGGCUAAUGCCAUUAUAUCCAAACUUCAAACUACCAGUAAUCAAGAGAGGGUCGAUGAACCAACUGUUGUAAUUGCAGCGGACACAGCAGAAGCCAUCUUAAAAAGGCUCCCUGUUGAUGACUCCUUAAAGGAUGCUGACCCAACAUUAUUAAUUACUUCUGACCAAGUGGUGGUCUAUGAAGGUGUGAUUAGGGAAAAGCCAUCUAGCAAAGAAGAAGCUCGACAAUUCUUGAAAGAUUAUUCUGGAAGGCAUGCAGCAACUGUGGGAUCUGUACUAGUUACAAACCUCAAAACAGGAUUGAGAAAAGGAGAAUGGGAUCGUGUGGAGAUCUAUUUCAAUGAAAUACCUGAUGAAAUCAUUGAGAAGCUGGUUGAUGAGGGAAUUACUCUGAACGUUGCUGGGGGACUGAUAAUAGAGCAUCCUUUGAUAUUUCCAUUUGUCAAAGAAGUGGUAGGGACAACCGAUAGUGUGAUGGGACUUCCCAAAAAUCUGACUGAAAAACUCUUAAAGGAAGCGCUUUAGCUUGAGCUACCGACCUUGUGUGCUUAGUAAUGGCUUCAUUUGUGAGUCGAGACCUUUUCUCACCACAUUAAUCUAAACUAAAUGCCGUCUCUUCUGGUAAAAGUUAUGUUUCUGCUGGGAUGUACUAUGUGCCAGUUAUGACUAAACUUUUAAUUGGGUAUUCUGAUUAAGUUGAUGAACUUGCCCAUAUUUUAUUAGUAACGUGAUGCUGUAUUUUGUCUACUCUUUGGUUUAUUAGAAAAAGAAUCACAUGACGAAAUGAUUUAAUUCAGAUUCAGAUAUACCGGGAAACACAAGAAUAGUCGGGUGGUUGGAAGUAUUAUUAUA